AUGUCGGAUCAGCAUACGGUGGAGCCUGAGCAAUCUGGAGGGUUUCCCCUCUCCCCAGAGGAGCUAUGCGAGGCUAUUAAGAAGACCAUGACCAAGGAUUGCAAAAUUGAUGCUUGCAUCGAUAAAUUUUUCUCCCAGCUUCUGGACCUGCCAGGGAUAGAACUAUAUUGCCCAUGGCGCGACUACUGCCAGAGAGAUGUCGAUCAGGACCAACUUGCAAUGAUUAAAGACACGCUGUUAGCUGAUCUGGAUAACCUCGUUCCAGAGUAUGACGAAGAGGAACUCCCAAAGCCUGUGACAACUGAGGAUAAGUUCAAGUUUCUAAGCGAUAAGUUAGCUAGUCGCUGGGAGCAAUGGUACACCUUGGUGACUGACGAUGAUGAAAUUUACCAAAAGCUUCGGAGCGCUUUCGUAUGGGAAAUCAAGCCAGAAGACUUGGCGGAAAUAGCUGCUAACAGUGAUUCCGAAGAAAAGAUGGAUUCAUCCCUGUUUGAUGGAUUGAAGGACAUAAUCCAGGAGAAUCAGUCUAAAGCAGUAUUCACUUGUGGGGGCUCGAUUGCAAUUGCUCGGUCGCAGAAUAAGCGCAACCCCCUUCGGCAAUCACCGCCAAUAACUUUCUACUGGUCUUCAGAGGAUGCUACUUUGCACAGAACCUUGAUGCCUGAAGGGCAUAGCUCUAACUCCUUUCAACAACUAGUCAAGGAUUGCUCGCCGGCUACAUUUGGUCUCGGGCAAAAAGACGUACUCGAUACAUCUUAUCGCCAUGCUGGAAAACUUGACGCUGACCGUUUCUGUUCCACAUUCCACCCUGCUGAUUUUGGUAUUUUGGAUUCCAUUGAGCAGACCCUACUGCCAAACAUCAAUUCCUCCCAGGAGAAUACUUUGGAAUUCCGUCGAGUGCGAGCCGAGCUUUAUAAACUAAAUAUUUACUCUGGCCCCUCGGGAUUAUUCCGUGCACACGUUGACACUCCCCGUUCACCAGAUCAGUUUGGGUCUUUGGUCGUCUGCCUUCCAUCCUCCCACGAAGGCGGGACCCUCAUUGUCCGACACCAAGGAAAGAGCGUAGAGUUCGUUUGGGAUAAUGCAAGCUCUUCGCAUAUCCAAUGGGCCGCUUUCUACAGUGAUUGUGAACACGAGAUUGAGCGCGUUACCAAAGGUUAUCGGAUGACUUUGACGUACAAUUUAUAUGUUACUGAACCAGUUGGGGGGUGUUUACUGCCUAACCCACUAGUGGAGCCUCGCAGCUUUCCGGUGUAUGGGGAAAUGAAAUCUUUGCUUCAAAACCCGGAGUUUAUGAAUGAAGGUUAG